AAUUGAAAUCUUUGUCAAAUUUGGUUUAUUUUCAGUUUCAAUCAUCAUUUCUUAGUGAAUUCUGUUGGAUAACAGUGACACAUAUGAGAUUUGAGAAUUGCAAGUUAUUGUCCUUUGAGUUUGGUGUUAAAGUUAGCAAAAUUGAGAUCGAGGUGUAUUUGACGCGAUAGAAGAUUGUUCUGCGUGUUAUUACCCAAGAACUGCUUAGUGUUAUCAACUUUCAGAAGAGAUGCAUUUGUGGCCGUCAUUGAAACUUCGAAACUCCUUCAAGAGCACUAGCCAGAAGAGAUUUCAAAGGAUGAACAGUGGGAAACAAAAUCAAAGCAACCAGCAAAAACUCCUCAACGGCGACAAAGAAUCUGGCAGCCCCGAGAUUUCAUCUGGUGGUGGUUUUGCUGUUGUUUGCAGAGAUGCUGCCAUGGUUCUCUCUUGUUGCUACUGCUGUUUCUGCUGUGGAGCUUGCAUUGAUGACGAAGAGAUUUGAUACAAGCUCCUGGUGGAGGAGUGAGUGAAAGAUAUUAGCCUUAGAAAUAUAGUUUGUAUUAACUUUCUGAAUUCUAUUUCUACCUUCCCUCAAUCACAUACUAUUGUUUGUUUUGUAACACAAUCAAUCUUUUUUUUUGGUGAAUUGUUAAAAUUAUUUUUCAAACCAAAA